UCAGUGGGACGGGCUCGCGGAAGGUAUAAAUACAGGAUCAACGCCAGUAACGGUCACUUCAUAGCUCUGCUUCUGUUGUUGCAUGUGGUGCUAUCGGUGCAAGCUUCUGUAUUUCCAGAAAACUCCUCAAUAAUGUCCGAGAAGAUUCGAAUCAACAGCCCGAAUGUGCGCUACACGGAGCAGUAUAUAGAGUCCCAGUACACGUACCAAACCUCCUCCGUGUCCCAUGAUGGAGAGACAUACACGGUAACACCACACAGUACUAUGUUCACUUUCCGUACAGAGCGACAUGUGCCCAAACUGGGUGUGAUGCUGGUGGGCUGGGGAGGAAACAACGGCUCCACAGUCACUGCCGCUGUGCUGGCCAAUAAGCUCGGUCUCACCUGGGCAACCAAGAAUGGCAUCAAGAGAGCUAAUUACUUUGGCUCAUUUCUUGAGGCUUCUACGGUGUCUCUGGGCUCAGGACCAAAAGGAGAGAUCUUUGUGCCUUUCAGAGACCUGUUGCCCAUGGUGCAUCCAAAUGAUAUUGUAUUUGAUGGCUGGGACAUUUCCUCAAUGGACCUCGGCCGUGCCAUGGAGCGUGCUCAGGUUUUGGACUGGAACCUUCAGGAGAAACUGCGGCCCCACAUGAGCCAGCUCCAACCCAGGCCAUCAAUUUACCUUCCAGACUUUAUUGCUGCAAACCAGGAGCACAGAGCUGACAACAUCCUCACUGGCACCAAGGCUGAGCAGAUGGAACAGGUUCGGAAAGAUAUCCAGGACUUUAAGAAGAAGAGUGGUGUACAUAAAGUCAUUGUGCUGUGGACGGCAAACACCGAAAGAUUAUGUGAUGUUUUGCCUGGUGUCAAUGACACUGCCAAAAACCUUCUUGCUACCAUCCAGAAUGAAGGAGAGGUUUCACCAUCCACUCUGUUUGCAGUGGCUAGUAUUCUAGAGGGCUGUGCCUACAUAAACGGCUCCCCUCAGAACACCUUCGUACCUGGAGUUGUAGAACUGGCAGUUCAGCAAGGGGUCUUCAUUGGAGGAGAUGACUUUAAAUCAGGCCAGACCAAACUGAAAUCUGUUCUUGUGGAUUUCCUAGUCAGUGCAGGCAUUAAGCCGACCUCCAUUGUGAGCUACAAUCAUUUAGGCAACAACGACGGCAUGAACCUGUCUGCCCCACAGCAGUUCCGCUCGAAGGAGAUCUCAAAAAGCAAUGUAGUAGAUGACAUGGUGGAGUCCAAUCCAGUUCUCUACCAGCCUGGAGAGAAACCUGACCACUGUGUGGUUAUUAAGUACGUUCCUUAUGUGGGAGACAGCAAGCGAGCCAUGGAUGAGUACACGUCAGAGAUAAUGAUGGGAGGCACCAACACCAUUGCUCUGCACAACACAUGUGAGGACUCCUUGCUGGCUAGCCCCAUCAUCCUGGACCUGGUCAUCCUGACUGAGCUGUGUCAGAGAAUUACAUUUUGCACACAGCAGGAUUUGUCCUUCCAGUCCUUCCACAGUGUCCUGUCCCUGCUCAGCUUUCUCUGCAAGGCCCCUUUGGUACCACCUGGUGCACCGGUGGUCAACUCCUUCUUCAGACAGCGGUCCUGCAUCGAAAACGUUAUGAGGGCCUGUCUCGGUCUCCCACCUCAGAACCACAUGCAGCUGGAACACAAGAUGCAGAGACAGUUUGUGCCGUGCUAUGAGAAGAAGCUCAGUAACACUGCAGCUGCAAAGGAAAGUGAGACUAAUACCAAUAGUUACAACAGCAUUAAGUGUAACCAAAUAAGUAACCAGAAACAUGUGGAACGAUAAAAAAAAAAAUCUUUCAGUGACUAAAUGGGCCUUUAAUGAGGUUCCUCUCAAGGUUUCUUCCUCAUAGGGAGUUUGCCACGGUCACCCUGGACUUGCUCAUUGUAUGUGAUGUAGUACACAAAAUAAUUUUAAUGUAAUGUUCUUAAUCAAAAUACCAAGUAUCAAAGAAUGACCCUACACAUAAACCUCUGAAAGCCUUACAAAUAUCCACUCCAUUUUAUAUAAAAUUUAAAGAAAACAAAGUCUUUUGUUUUGUUUUGUUUGUAUUUUGACGUUAGAACAAAAUUAUGUAUUUGUGAGCAUACAACAGAUUUAGACUUUAGCACUGAUGUUUAAAUAACAUUCAUCAUUUAACUAAUUUAAAUUACCAUUUGUAGUUUGUUGCAAAGCUGACAUUAACAUCAAUUAAUUUAAUUUCUUUUCAUCAGAUCAGAUUUAAUUUCACAUUAUUACAAGAGUCCCUCUGGUAAACAACAUUAGGGAAUUAUCCUGGUCAUGCAAUAAGUGUUGUUUAAGAACCCACUUCUAUGCUGGCUUCAUGUUUAGGCUGCUUUUGUUGUUGAUAAAAAAAUUUUCACCUUUAAUUUAAAGGUCAAGUUCUCAAUACAGCACACAAACUGUUAAGAGAAGCAGCCCCAUAUUAUGUUGCUCCUAUUUUGUGCUAUGAGUAUGGUGUACUUGGAAUCAUGAGGGCAAUCGUUUUUUUAACGUUAAAACAUUCUCAGAUGGUACAAAUUGCUACUAAAUGUAGAAAUGGAUCACCCAAGUAGUGUACAUCGUCUCUCCAGCUGUCAGUAACUUGCCCUUACAACGUUAAAGGUGUAGCUUGACACAUUAUUAAGCAAUAAAAAAAACUUUCAUUAAGGAAAAA